UGAAACGUCAUCAGCUAUGUUUGAAGAUGACGUUUCUACGACGACUAUAAAAUUGUUCACUUCGUCACAUAUUCAUCUAAAUACAAUUUAACUCGAAGCGUAUCAACUUUAGGAGGCCCUCCGCCCACGGUUAACCACCCUAGAGCUCACUCCAUUCAAGACAAGAAUGAUACUCCUGUGAUUACGGCAGAAACUCACCGAAUGCACUCAUUCAACAUUAAUUAUCGGCCGCCGCGUAGACGAAUUUCGAAUGAACGUCUCCUCUUCAUUCCAUCAGUCGGGCGAAUAUAUAGGACAUGACAGAGAAGCUUGUGACGAUGUAGGUGGGACGGUUGAACGGAAUUCUUUUUUACACUGCGAGAAAUUUCAGCACACAUGCCACAUUUGGAAUACCCAAAUAUUAAAGCUAUUCAAGCAUUUAGAAAAAAACAGUUUCUACAAAACUCACACUACAAAAUGUGCCCAAUUUAUCGAGUUUGGAAACAGGAAGUGAUCACUUCCGGAAAAUGCUUGAUGGACGCAUUUGGAAGACGGCUGUAUGACCUGAUAUAUGUCAGACACUGUGGAACAUACUGAGUUAGCAAUAAAAGAGUGUCAAUUCCGAAGAUAAGGGCGCGUGUUUUGAAGAGAACGGCUACUUAAUGCGUGUCUGUCUAUUUGCGACGACAGACCAGUGCCCGAUCAGUUUUCCACUAGAGCUCAAAAUGUUAGCAGCUGCUGGUUGUCUGAUCCAACAGAAAUUUCCCAGCAGGAAGUCCAAAUUGGGUUCAGUUCUCAAAAAAUACGCCGAAGUUCGCAGAAGAACAAGAUUUGUCCGUAGAAUCAUAAUCACAGUCAUCAUCACUGUCGUUUAUUUCAUACUCAUCACAGUGGUGCUAACGCCAAUGGGCUUCUAUGAAGACAGAGAUUUGCAAAGGGAGUCCUCAGGAGUUUCCAUCAUUGACCCAAGUCAAUGCAAGUCAGUGAGCAACCUAUUGAAAUUGGGGAAUUUGGAAAAUUCUAUGGCUUCCAAGAAGAAGUUUGUUGUCUGCCUGAAGGAAAUAUUUUUACCAUUUGAAGACAACUCACUGAUACUGGCUGAAUGGCUUGAAUUCAUGAAAAUAUUUGGGGCAGAUAAAGUUGUGGCCUUCAGCACAGGAGACCUCCAACACUCAAAUGUGACUGAAGUCAUGAAGUAUGAAUACGCAGUACUUCUAGACAUGGAUGAACUAAUUCUUCCAAAGGAUCCCACUGUUAAAACCUGGUCAGAACUCUUGGAGACCCCACAACUCAAGCAUGUCAAAAACGCAUCCACCAUUUGCUUUCCAGAGCAACAAAUGAUCGCCACAGAACAUCCAAUCCAAUCUUACACAACAUGGAAACAGAAAAGGCUCCUCAAAAAUAUUCCAAGACACCAUUUCUUCCUUCGCCACGUCUUCAAAGUUUCGCCAGAAUCUUCUUCCUUGGUCCAGUUCCGCAAGAAAUGUUUUCAUAAUCUGGAGAAAAUAGUCAGCAUCGUCGCACAUUCCGCGAAUUCCUGUUUGAAAGACUGUGAAAUUCACGUGACAUCCGCGGAUGUCGGACAAUCAUUUCACUACAGAUCGAAGUGUUCAAAUUCUUCGCAAAUCGGAUUGGAUUUCGGAAUUCUGAACAUUAACUGCAGCGAUAGAAAGUAUCCAUUGUUGAGAAUGGAUAGAACUAUCUUGAAAUACGAAAAAGAAAUCACCGAUAACCUUCUUCUCGCACUCUCUUCAAUGAAACUAGCUUUCAAGUGAUGAAGAGUUAAAAAUAAAGUUUUUCAACACAAAUUUCACUCGAUAUAGUAAACAUCGGAACACUUCAUGUGGGUCACUUUUUCUUCAUGGAAAAUGCAUGAUGCUAAUUUCCGAUGCGCGGGAACUCGCUGUAUUUUAUAUGCAAGUGCUAGAAAAUAAAAAUGUUGUCUGAAUUGAAUUCAAGAAUGAA